AUGACCGUUCGCGAUCCUCCGGGAUUCACCCUGCACCCGUUCCCAGAAGCCAUCCCAUCACCAAUUCCAACGGCUCCACACUCUGCCUCGGGUCCCUACUCUCAACGGCUCCAGACUCCAUCUCCAACUCAAAACAUAGGGAUGUAUGGGGUCCCACCUGCUGCUUUCUUUUCCCCUCGCAACAACCACCAUUUUUUCUCUCCUUCGGUGGCACGAAAUCUGGCUGUUGAGCUCAGUGAAGGACAGUGGGCUGGUAUAAACCAGGCCCAUUCAUCUCAAAUCCAAACUGAGGGAUACCAGACCCAUCCACUAUCCUCUUCCAUCCCAACUCACCAUUCUCGGCCAAACCUUAAUCAGGUUAUGCUGGAUUUGAAUCAAAAAAUGGACUUGAACAGGAAGCCCACAGAGGAAAAUCAUCUGUGUUGUGCCAACUACUCAAAGGAAGAUCAGCAAGAGCCCAAGAAAAGAAAGCAAGGGGAAGCUCUUGAUUUUGCUGGCCCAUAUUUUACUCCAGGAGAGGGAUCUAUAAAGCCAAGGAAUGCUCGCAUCAGGAUUAAAGGUAACAAAAACAAGGAGGGGAAGGGUAAUACAGGUGAGGCAGAAGAGUACCAAGAUCAGCUGUCCAACAAAGAAACUGAAGCGCAGGUGGCCUGCAAAAAGCCACCACAGUCAGAAUGA